CGGUCUCAGGUGCGGUCUCAGCAUACUUUAUAUAAUUGCUGCCUGUUUAUCUUCAUUUAUAUCACGUUGUACUUUGCUAAGUAUUCUAACAGGCGGCCGAGUGUACCAAGCGUACCAGGAAGCAGCUGGACUUAAUAAUGCUGAAGGACCAGAUUUACAGAGAGGCUAUUUUGCAAUGAUGCGGGAUGCACUUAUUGAAUACGCUCCGCAACGUCCAGAGCCUCGCCCCCGCGAGGAUAAUGCUGAACAACAAGACGUACAGAGAGGCUAUUACGAGAUGAUGGCGGAUGCAUUAAGGGAAGUUCCUCAACAGCUUCCAAUGCUCCCCUUCCACGAGUAUGGUCCGCAACCUCCGUAUGACGUACUGCCACCACCAGAGGAGCAGAUUUUUGAAGACUUUUAACACUAUGAGUCAUCUGUCCACUGCGGAGGCGAGGGCGAAUGCCGGGAA